GGCUGCCUUAUCCAAUCUGGUGUCUUUGUGUCAAAAAUAUGUUUUUUUUAGAUGAGUGAAUACUAACAACAGGGAUCCCUCGGCACAACCAGCCAAUGACACGUGCCUCUCCAGACGCACGGUGCCAAACCCAUAACACAGGCUGCGAUGUGCAGGUCAGCCGCUCACCAGAGCACUUUGCCUUCCAAAUCCUAAUUCUCUCUUCCCACUUCCCUUCUGUCCUCUUGUCCUCCAGGAACAAAUCUUUUUUUUCCUUUUUCUUCUUCUUUUUUUUUUCGCAUUGCACUGCGUCCGGCGGCGCAUCCCGCAAGUCACGUCUCGCUGCGCGGUUCCCUUUUUUUUUUUUUUUUUCCGGGGGUGGCAGGGGCAGGUGUCGUCGUCGUCGUCAGUCCGUCCGUCCCUCCCAACAACCGGACAAGGGAUGCUUUGAGCUGCACUGUUGCUCACAUCACAUCUCUGCUGCAGCAAAAAAAAAAAAAAACCGGUGCUAGAAAUGGUCCCAUGCUCCACCAGCCGGCUCCGUCCAGAGGUUAGACUCUCCGUCAACAGAGGGCCACAGCCACAGACGCACCGACCUCCCUCCUCUUGGCUGGCAAGAGUCAUCCGUCUCCCUGCAUUCAUCUAAACAGCGGCGAAGACAGGCAGGCCUGAGUGGUCCAGCACGUGGGACUGUUUGUGUGUGUGUGUGUGUGUGUGUGUGUGUGUGUGUGUGUGUGUGUGUGCGUGCGUGAGGGGCUAGUGUUGACCAGGCAAUGAGUGCGUCUCAGAGGGAGAGCUGUUCGAUGCUGAGUUGAGCAAAGGGAGCAGAGGAGGAGAAACUGCAAGAAGAGCAGCCAUGGGGCUCGGACAAUCCAGCAAGGCUCCGGUCACUGACGGCAACGACGAGGUCAAUUUCGACCACUUCCAGAUCUUGAGGGCAAUAGGAAAAGGAAGCUUCGGAAAGGUCUGCAUUGUGCAGAAGAAGGACACCAAGAAGAUGUACGCCAUGAAGUACAUGAACAAGCUGAAAUGUGUGGAGCGGAACGAAGUGAGGAAUGUCCUGAAAGAGCUGCAGAUCAUGCAGAACCUUGAGCAUCCGUUCCUGGUCAACUUCUGGUAUUCCUUCCAGGAUGAAGAGGACAUGUUUAUGGUGGUGGACCUGCUCCUGGGAGGAGACCUGCGCUACCACCUGCAGCAGAACGUCCACUUCUCGGAGAGCACCGUCAAACUCUACAUCUGUGAAUUGGCCCUGGCUCUUGGUUACCUCCGCACUAAGCGCAUCAUACACAGAGACAUCAAACCUGACAACAUACUGCUGGAUGAGCAUGGUCACGUCCAUCUCACAGACUUCAACAUAGCAGCCAUCGUCAAAGAAGACCUCAGAGCAACGUCCAUCGCUGGGACCAAGCCAUACAUGGCUCCUGAGCUUUUCCAGACGUUCGAGGGCUUCCACCCCGGCUACUCCUUCUCUGUCGACUGGUGGUCGCUGGGCAUCACAGCCUAUGAGCUGUUAAGAGGACAGAGACCAUAUGUGAUGAGAUCCAGCACACCGGCUAAUGAGAUCCUUCAGACCUUCCACAAGGUCCACCCCAGCUACCCAGCAGGCUGGUCUUUGGAGAUGAAGUCUCUUCUCAGAAAGUUGCUGUGCAUAGAUGUCCAGAAGCGCAUUUCCUGUCUCGCAGAGCUGCAGGAUCUGGACUACGUGUCAGACGUCAACUGGGACGCAGUGCUCAGCAAACAGCCUCCUCCGGGCUUUAUUCCUAACAGGCGGAGGCUAAACUGCGACCCCACAUUUGAGCUGGAGGAAAUGAUCCUGGAGUCCAAACCACUUCACAAGAAGAAGAAAAGGCUUGCGAGGAAGACCAAGGAUCAGGGAUCUGAUGGGUCCCCACAGAGCGGGCAGUUGCAGCAGCGACUGGAUAAUGUUCAGAGAGACUUCAUUGUCUUCAACAGAGAAACGUCAAAGAGGGCGGUGGGGGACUCGGAGUCUUCUGAGCUUUCCACGAGGGAGGAGAACAAGGCGAUAGAGGACGGACAGAAUAACAACGUGAAGCCGGCUGCCUACUUAUCGGGCUAGGUCUCCGGACCCGAGGUCCCUGCCCACUCCCUCGCCAGUUGCACCUGCCCACAAGCUUGUAGAUCAGCAAUUUACGCUCAGACACCUAUUGUUCUGUCAGCACAGGCACUCGGAACUGCGAAAGCCAAAUGAGGCACAGUGUGCACCUGUGCAUCACUGUUCACACCUAAAGAAAGAAAAAAUAAAAGAAGAAGCCCUCCAGAACUGUACUGUAGGAGAGAAAUUGACUCCUGGAACAGCAGCCAUGCCAGAACCAGGCUUUUUUUUUUUUGUUGCUUUCCUGUCACCAGGAAGUGUCACUCACAUCCUGCUCCUCUAAAUCACUCUGCUGCUCUGAGGUCUGCUCAACCUGCCGGGGUGCUGAAGAGAAAAAAGAAGGGUCACUUUCCUGCCACAUCUGCUCAGCUGCUACAAGGGAAUGAAGUUUGACAUGGUCAACUGUGGCUGCUGUCUGGGGCAGGACACUCGGCUGUUUGUUCUCGACAAGGCCCCUUCCUGGUUGAGGACACUUGUUGAAAUGUCACAAUGGUCCUCCUGUGCUGCAUUGAAUGCCAUGGGUUUGGACGGUUGGCUUCGUCCCACGUGAUCUGCACGACUGGGGAGUGGAGCGUGACGCGGAGAGUCGAGAGAGUUUAACAACGUAAGCGCGGGGGCCCCGGUUUUUCUUACCGCAGCAACCACAGAUUCCUCUGGGAUAGAAAUUCUGUCGGCUUGAGCGGUAAUCGCUCACUCUAUCAUAGCAGCAGGUACAUGGUUGUAGCGGUCAUUAGGGCUUAGCUUUGGUAGCUAACAAAGGUGGAAGGACUGCAACAUUCGGUGCAAUGAACCAGCUCCACCGGCUGCGGAUAUAGGCAAAUCCAGCUCCUACCUUUUCUUCUCGUCUGUUUGCUAUUGAGCCGAGGCAGAAUAUUGAAAUGCAGGUCACGAAAAGAGGGUUUUUAACUUCAGCUUGAAGGUCCGUGCUUGACCUCAGAAUCAUGGUUAAGGCCAUCAGAUGUGUCUAAAGGGUUCCUCAAGAUCAUUUAGGGCCCAGACUAUUUGAAGUAACCUCUGCCUCAAUUUGCAAAACGACCGGCUGGGUCUUCAAACGAAGCCGUGAAGAAAUAGAAAAGGGAGACGGUAGAUGUUAUAUGUUCUGCGCUGAGCCUUGCUUUGCACAUGCUUCUUCAUCAAUUGUAGCAUUUAAUGCACAGAGAAACAAAAAAAAUAAUAAUAACCUUAAACUGUGAGUGAUUACUUAUUCCUUUAGGACUGUUUUGGUUUUUUUUGUAGAUGGGUAUGCUGAGUCCCAGAUAAGAUUCAUUUAUUUCCGUUACUGUAUGCAUUGAAAUGAGUUUUUCUCAUUUUUCCUUCCUCCUUUACAAUCAGUGACGUCUGAGCCACCAGAUUAGUCUUGUUAAAUUUGGUUUGCAACCAAUUGCUGCCCAGUGUCCUUCUGCGACAACAGCAGAUGGCAUUCAACAGUAAUCUGAAAUCCAGCACCAACUGGAUAACACAAUGGGGAUGGGGGGGAAAUGUCAUCAUAGAUUUUUGACAAUCUUGUCACCGCCAGAGUUGUUAACAAGAAAACGACGAAUGAAGUAAAUAAAAACCAGGCCGAGGCAAUACCAUUCAGUCAUACUGUAGGAUAAAACCAUGUUGAAGAACCCUCACCUGCCUCUGAAGUUUGCCGAGGGAUGCCUUAUACUUGUAGAUAUGGCACACACAGAUUGGUUCCUUUAAACCCUACGUGGAUGUAGUCCAAAAAAAAAACUGAGCUUUUUUCACAAUCGAUAAGUAAAUGUGAUUUCUACUAAUGCCUCGCCAUUCGAUUGACCUUGAUCUUAUCUGUCUCUAAUGUGACUCAAUCCUUUUCAAGUCUAUUAUACUUGUAAUUAUAUUUCGAAAAAUUCUGUUCAAAACUGUUUCACUUUUCUAUUUAAAAUUGGUACACUGUUUUGACUUAUACCUUUGUGUUGCUGUUGGUGGUGGUGUUGUUGUCGUCAUUGUUGUCACUGAUGUAAUUGUACAAUGAUCCAGAGUUGGUUUCCUGUUUGAGUUACAAGAUAUUGUGGGGGUAGUUGAACAGAUGGAUAAAUCGUGGGUUAACCCAGAGUUGAUCGUAUUUGUUAGUGAUUGAUUCGAUUUUUUUUUUUUUCCAUAGAUGAUAGGAGCCACCACAUUAGGCUGGGUUUUAAUUGAUGUGGCAGAUUUGAACCCUCCCAAAAAAUGAAUGUAUGAAAUGAUAAUUGACAAAUUGUAUUUGACCCAGAUAGAAUAAUUGUUCAACAAAACAUCUGUCUGAGAAAUUAUAAUAAUGACAAUUUAGCCUACGGACAGAAUUGUUCCACACUUCAUCCCUUUUAUGGUUUUUGUUGUCCUGCAGUUGUCGCUGUGUGUUUACUGUAUUCAAAUGUGAUGGAGUUGCAAACUAUUAAGGUGUGCCUUAAAUAAUGAAUUUCUUUUUUUCUGAACCAAUCUGA